GAGGAGGAUGACAGUCUAGUGUCGGAUAUAAGUGCGUUAGAGACAGGUGAAGAUUAUAAUAACGAUUAUGAGGAGGAUGUAAAGCAAGAGGAGAACGACGAUGAAGAUGACGAGGAUGACAACGAGGGUGACAGCUACCAGGAGUGGGAUGAUGACGAGAUGGAGACGGAGGAUGAAGAAGAAGAAGACUUGGAUGUUCCACCAUUACCGGAGGGAUUCUGGUACAAGUUUUCCUCAUCUCGUCGUGAUGAAGACCAGAAGAUCGUUGGAGUGACCGCUGAGGAGGAGAUCCCUGCUGGUAAGCAGUAUGGACCGCUGGAAGGUGAACUGGUGGGAGAGGAUGAGGGGUGCUUGUCACAGUCAUCUUGGGAGUUGUGCACCAAAGGCAAUGUACUAUUGUACAUAGACGGUGGGUCAGACUGGCUAUCUCAUAUACAGUGUACACAGAGGCAAGGUGAGCAGAACAUGGAAGCCAUUCAGCUCUAUGGAAACAUCUACUACAGGACUACAAAGUGCAUUGAACCAGGAAGUGAGCUCAGGGUGUUCUACAGUAAGGAGUAUUCAAACCAUGUUGGGUUCGAUACCGACCUUGGGGAACUCACAUUCCACUCAGAUUUGAAUGCCUUCUCCUGUCCUCGAUGUGAUAUUCAUUACACCGACCCAAAACUUAUGCUAAGACACAUCAAGCUAUCCCACCAAGGCAAAUCAUCUACCGACCUUCGACCUGUCGUUACCUUUGAAACUAGAAGCAAGACUUCAGAAUGCAAGCAAUCUUUGGAGAAAGCGCUGAGAGAGGAGGGUAAGAUGUUCAGACGCGCAACUCAACCUCUGAAGCCUGUAGCUAAUCACCGUACUGAGCAGGAGAGGAGAAAUUCAAGCGAGAUUCUACCUUCAACUAGCCAUAUUCCAUCUUCAACUAGCCAUAUUCCAUCUUCAACUAACCAUAUUCCAUCUUCAACUAGCCAUAUUCCAUCUUCAACUAGCCACAAUCCAUCUUCAACUAGCCACAAUCCAUCUUCAACUAGCCACAAUCCACCUUCAACUAGCCACAUUCCACCUUCAACUAGCCACAAAACCCACAGGCAGACUCUGGAAGGUAAGGAGUCAUCAAAGUCUUCCAGGGAAUUGAACAAGAAUAUUGAAAGUAGAACUCAUGAAGUGAAACCUGAUGUGAAGCCUGCCACCAAGUCUGGGAAAGAUCUUGUUUGCGUGACUUGUUGUAAGACGUUCACCACAGAGGGCAGGCUUCAAGCACACAUGAUGUUUCACACAUUCACAACUAAACACAAUUGCCCAAUCUGCGGAGAAACACAAUCCAGUAAGCAUAAGCUUGUGAGACACAUGGCUAGCCAUCAAAGAAUGAUCUACCAAUGCCAGCAGUGUCCUAAGACAUACUUCUCACCCAAAUCCUUGUAUUGCCAUGAACAGAAAAUUCACAGGAAGGCGGACAAGUACUACACUUGUAGCAUGUGCCCUUUGCAAUUCAGAUGGAAACAUGGGAUGAGAGAACACGAGAAGGAGCAUGAGAGGAACCAAGAGAGGGCGCCACAGAGAGAACUCACGAUCCAGGAACUCGUCAACCCUGAGAACAGGACGACCCACAAACGUAUAAAGUUGAACAAAGUCAACAAACCAAGAAGAGUGGUACAGAACAUGGAUGUUGUACAUGAAGAUAAUGGGGAUACUUCCAACAAGGAUAUGCUUGGCAAGAAGCCGGAUUAUUUCCAGGAUCCAUCGCUUCGAUUCAAGUGUAAAUAUUGCCCGAAGAGAUACACCUCUGUUAGCUGUGUGAAGACCCAUGAGCGAGAGGUCCACGAAGGCAGGGGGAGAUAUAAGUGCUUGUAUUGUCCAAAGCAGUUUGUGGAUCGCUGUCGUUAUGAAAUUCACCAACAGAAACAUAACGUUACAGAUAAACUCUACAAGUGUACAGAAUGUCCACGUUCCUUCGCAUCCGAGAAUGCCCUGAAGAACCACCAUGGGGAACACACAGGCCUGAAACCAUUUAAGUGCGACGUAUGCGGGAAGGGCUUCGGGAGGAAAGAACUAGUGAAAGCACACAUAGGCAGGGUACACAGUGUGGUAGAGCUCAAGUUUCCAUGCUCGUUCUGCAACAAGAGGUUUGCUAAGCAGUGGGACAUGAAGAAACAUGCGCUCCGGCAUACAGGUAUCCGACCGCAUGAAUGUGGAAUAUGUGGGAAGGGAUUCACUGCCAAGCAUUCGCUGCAGUUACACGUACGUGCCGUCCAUGAGAAGCUGAAACCUUAUGAGUGUGAUAUAUGUGGAAAGAGAUCUAGCGUCAGUCAUCAUCAUAAUGUACAUGUACUCAUGCACAAGAAAAAAGGACAGCAUAAACCCAUAGGAGAAGAAAAUCAAAAAUCAUUUGAUGAUAUGAUAAAAGACUCUUGAGUAGAUUCAGAAACUAUGAAUGAAUUUAAGUAUCUUCUUCAAAUUGGCAACAUCCAUUUACAUUCUUCUCACCAAAGAUGAAUUGAAAUGCAAAGGUCAUCAUGGGUUUCGCUCCCUGACAUGGCACUAAUGUCCAUAGAUAAGGCAUUAAUCUACAUUUGCCACUCCAUACCCUGGAUAGAAAUGGGAACCUAGUAGGAUGACGAAUGUUUUUGAGUUACUGUUCGUCAUAUGCCCCCAUGGUGUCCUUAUGGUAGGAAUACUCCCCAGAGAGUGGAGAUGGUGCACAUUAUGCAUGAAUGAAUCCGAUGACUGGGAUAAUAUUAUCUAUAAAGCGCUUAGAGAGUUUCGUAUUAAGCGCAGUAUAAAUCCAGAUUGUUAUUAUUAUUAUCAUUCCCGUAUUAUUGAAUGCAGGAACCACCCAUAGUCAAUGGGUUAUCGUGAAAGAAGUGAUGGAUUAUUCCCCCCCCCCCCCCCCCUUGAAAAUGUUCCAUGUAACAAUACACAUUCCAGUACUAACGAUUCAAAAAUAUAUACAAAUGUAUUUGAUAAUGAGGAUGAGUUACAGUCCUGAUUGUACGAUCUACAUGUAUACUUGUAUAGAAAGUAUUCUUUGAUGCACAAAGUGCAAAGAUCAUGUAAACUGUGUAUAUGGCUUAAUAUGCUCAAGCCAAGGUAGCAAAAAUGUAGGAAAAUUAUGAUGUUGAAUUCAAAUUAAUCUAUCCAAAUGGAAGAAUUUAAUGUUUUUUGUGAAGUGAAAGUAACUACAACUGAAAUGAACUCUUCUCCUUUUGAUCUUGUAUGCUGAAAAAUUGAUCACACUCUAAAAUCAAGAGAUAAAUGAAUUAUUAUUUUGUACUGCAGAUUAUUAAAUCCAGCAUCAAUUGUGAAUCAUCUAUAGAGUGUGAACCUGGGGGGUGUGUCACAAAGACUAAGAUCGACUUAAGUUGGACUUGAACUAUGGCAGGCCAUCCAUGCCACUUGUUAUGAUCUUUAAAUAUCAUUUUUUUACUUCAAUAAUGAACUAUCAAAAAAUGUAAAUUCUGUAGAUUUGUGACCACAAUUUGUACGUCCCUUGAGAAACCAA